AUGUUAGAUAAGAAAGCUGAUAAAACUUAUGUGGAUGCAGAACUAACAAAGAAAUUUUCGAAACCAGAUACAAUGACAUUUACAACAGAAAUUAUAAAUGGUGAACCAGCAACUCCAUUUGAAUUUGUUAGAGGUCUUCAACCAGAUACUUUUGAAUUUUUCUUGGAUAAUUCUAUUGAACUAACAUUACAUUAUAAAAGUGGAACAAAUGCAACAUUUCAUCCGGGAGAUACAUUCCAAAUGGUAUUUAAUGACAUAAGUUCUUUAGAAUAUGUUUAUAGAGUUAUGAGCAUAUAUGAUUUAAUAUAUCCUAUAGGAGCUGUUUAUACGUCUAUGAAUCCAAUAAAUCCAAACACUUUAUUUGGUGGUAGAUGGUAUGAAAUAGUUGACAGUUUUCCAUUCUACACUAAUACGCAGUCAAUGAAGAUGGGAGGUUCAAAGAAAAUAGGUAUUGAAAACCUUCCUUCACAUAUGCAUAGGUUCAGUGGAAGAACAUCUGUGGAAGGAAACCAUUCACAUUCAAUAACAAAAAGAGGUUAUAUAAAUCUUGCAGCGGGUUCGAAUAGACAGGGAAUGAACAGAUAUGAUAUCUCAGAUGACCCCAAAGAUGUUAGCACAGGUAUUUUCUGUGGAACUGCAGGAAAUCAUACACAUGUUGUAGCUGGUAUUACAGACCCAGCAGGUAAUGGAAAAGAUUAUAUGCCUCCUUAUAUAACAAUGCACGCUUGGAUACGAGUUGGUUAA